AUGUCGCACCCAUCUCAUCUCAUCGUACUCAUCGAGCAUCAAUCCAAAACCAAACCCAAACAAAUACACACAAUUAUGUCCGUUGUCGGCUCUUUGAUUUUCUGCACAGCUUGUGGUAACUUGCUAGAUCCUGUUGACUCCAAGUCGACCCUUGAUUGUGGUGUGUGCAAGACAAGCUAUCCUAGUAAGCAAUUUGAGAACUUGAAAGUUGUCACUAAAUCUUCUGAAGAUGCAUUCCCACUGACGCUCAAGUCGAAGAGAUCCGUCGUGAAGACUUCUUUGAACAGUGACGAGGUCGACGAGGGAGCUACAAUCAAGGAGAAGUGUCCAGAGUGUGGAAACGAGGAGAUGCAAUACCACACUUUACAAUUGCGUUCUGCGGAUGAAGGUGCUACUGUUUUCUACACAUGUACAAACUGUGGUUACAAGUUUAGAACUAAUAACUAG